UUGUCAUCCAACACGCUCAAAGAAGCGCUUGCCUUGGGGUCUGGCCGACCCUGGUGUGCCCCUGGUGACGCGCUCCAUGCGAUGCUGCGUGUUCAGAUGGUCUCAGGGUCUGAGCUUUGCGCUUUGGAUGCGGAUGUGCUGGCGAGUUCAGAACUGAGUGACAUCAGGAGCUUAAAGCGUCACUUGGUUUCGCUGUGUGGAGCUUCCAGGUUCCGGCAAAGGCUUUUCUGCGACAGAUUUGACUUGGAAGAUGAUAUGAUGCUGAAGGUCCCCAUGGAUCUACAGCUAGUCUUACUGCCCUUCUGCAGCUCUUCCGACAAGGACAUUGACAUUCUGGUGGCAGCUGCAUCUCUAGGAGAUGUGGAGAUUGUGGAGAAGUUACUUCAAAGACCACAAGAUCCGGAUGGACAUAAUGGCGAUUUCGACUCACCUUUGCAUUUGGCUGCAGAGAAUGGACAUGCUGAGGUGGUUCAGUUGUUAUUGGAAGCCGAGGCUUCCGUGGAUUUGCUGGCUUGGCAGGGUGAACCUCCAUUGUGUUUGGCAUCUCGCAGGGGCCAUGUGGACAUCGUGCGCUUGUUGCUGGAGGGCAGUGCCGAGACGGAUGGACAUGAUGCGUUCGUCACCCCACUCUGGGCGGCAUGUGAGGAAGGACGCUUGGAAGUGGCGCGCUUGCUGUUGGAGGCCGAAGCUGAUCCGAACCUGCCCAAUGACUCGGGCGCCACGCCUUUGGACCAAGCAAUCCAGGGAGGGCACCUGGAAAUUCGCUGUUUACUCCUGGAGGCUGGAGCUCAAGAGGCGCCUUCCUCCCCCCAGGAGGUCCGUCGAACGCCUCCUGCCGCGUGAAGCGCGGCACGGAGGUCUAGCACGGACGUAGUGACCACGCGACAGACGUCCCUGGUUUCAACGCAUCAAGUGCGCAGGCGCUUGGCCGAGUCUGACACUGUGGGAGUUUUUGAUUGGAAUUUUGACAGGCUAGCUGUACACUUGG